AGAGAGACAAUAAGCAAUUAAAUAUGUAAAAACAAGUCAUAUAUAGAUAAAACAGAAAAUAAUUAACAGAAGGAACACACUAAGAUUAAGUGGGGUUGAGAAAGAUUUCCUAUGGAAGAUGAGAUUUACUUAAGACUUAAGGGAAACUUGGAAAGGCAGCAAGCAGAAAUGAGGAAAAAGAACAUUCCAAGCAUAGAAGACUGCCAGAGAAAAUAACUGGAGCUGAGAAAUGGAGUAUUUAUGGACCAGCCAGGAGGACAAUGUCACUGGACUGAAGACUACUUGUCAGGGAGUAGCUGUCACAGAACUGCAUAUACUCCUCAAUAUUUUGCCUAUAUGAGUACCAUGAGAAGGUUCAGGUCACCAGUGAGAAGGUAUUUUUGGAAUCUCUGGGAUCCUGCUGUGGUUGUGACUUGGAUGAGAUCACAAGAGGUAUGUAUUACCUCAUUACUGCUGAGAUUGGACAGACCAUUUGCAAAAAUCCUCGUACUGAUCCUUUACAAUGUCUCCUUCAAAAAAAUCCAAAGGAGAAAAAGUUGCAGACACACUCCUUUGAAGUGUUCACUAUCCCUUGAUUAAAUCAGCACAGCCUUCUGGAGUCUAUCUGCAACAAAAGCAAGAUGUGUUCUUUCCUCCACAUAUCUGGAGCCACAGCACGAUGGCUGCUUUACAAAAAGGGAAUCAAUAAUAAAGAAGACACCAACAAUCCAUUUGGCUCAUUACUUCUCAACUGAGUAUCCAGGUGGUAAAGGAAAAAAGGCUAGAUUUAGAGUCACAGGACACGCAGUGUAGGGAUAUCUCAAUACCUAUGUCAAUGGUUGCGCGGUGAGCUGUAGCCCUGACAAUGAGGGGUAACAGCAAGUGUGACAAGUUUGAUUCAUGGCAGGGCUUCAUGACUAGAACAUGGGUAUUUGUCUAUGCUUGUCAAAGCUCAGAGAACACCUGGUGCUGAUCAAAGCGAUAUAGUAAUUAUGUGAUUUUGCCAGAGGUUGAGAUUAUGUGAGAUCAUUCAGAGGGUAAGUGCAAAGGAUUGUUGUUAUGCUAAGCUCAGGGCACUGCUUAUUUGCUUGCCCUUAGCUCUGGAAAACCGGGUGUCUCCUAAUAUCUUAACACUGGCUUAAAUGCCCAGUUGGUCCAUCCACCAGCCCACCAACGCCUUUCUGCCUUGGCCAUUAAUAAACUCCGUUUUAACUUUCUCUUGCUGAGUUUUAGCUCUUAAAUCAAGGCAAAGGCCUGACCAUAAAAUGUUCCUUUUAACAAUAGCUUCUGGUACUUCCUCCUAAAUCUAGAGUACUGGGCCUAUUAGACAUAAUCCCUAGCAUUUAUAUAGUGCUUUGGGGCUGCUAAGUAGGGCAGUGGAUACUGCACUAGGGCUGGAGUCAGGAAAACCUGAGUUCAAAUCCAGC